GCAGCGGGGCGGCACGGGGAGCCCGGGCCCGGCGGAGCGGUGGUCCGGGGGUUACGGGAUGCGGACGGGAGCCCGAGGGGUGCGGGCGGUGCGCCGGGAGCCCCGGUGGCUGCGGGCGGGAGCCCAGGGAGCGCUGGUGGGUGCGGGGUGUGCAGCGGGAGACGCGGAGAGCGGCAGUCCGGAGGUGGUGGGCAGAGCCGGGCCAGCACCGAGCCAGGCCGGAUGGGCGGCACAGCGGGGCCAGGGACCGGGGACCCCCGGGGCGGCUGAGCCGGCCCAUGGCGGCAGGCGCGGGCGCCUUCGUGUGGGCCGCCUUCCCUGCCAUGCCCACGCGGCGCGUGUACUGCAGCGCAGCGCACCGCGACGGGCAGCUCUUCGUGCUGGGUGGUUGCGGGGGCGGCGGGCGAGCCCUGGGCGCCGCUGAGGUACUCGACCUCCCGGCCCAGCGCUGGACCGCGCUCCCGCCACUGCCCACACCGCGGGCAGGCGCCGCCGCCCUCGUCCUGGGCAAGCAGAUCUUGGUGGUGGGCGGCGUGGAUGUGGCACAGAGCCCCCUCGCCUCCGUCGAGGUCUACCAUGUGGAUGAGGGCAAGUGGGAGAAGAAAGCAGCGCUGGCUCAGCCCUCCAUGGGCAUCUCAGCUGUGCAGAGAGACGGGGCCGUCUACGCGCUGGGGGGAAUGGGUGCGGACACCUCUCCCCAGGCACUGGUUCGCGUCUACGAGCCAGCAAAGGACCACUGGCAGCCUCUGCCCUCCAUGCCUACCCCCUGCUAUGGGGCCUCCGCCUUCCUGCAGGGCAACAAGAUCUUCGUCCUGGCCGCAGGGUCUGGUCUGUGCGCAGGGGGCCGGCAGGGCAAGCUGCCCGUCACUGCCUUUGAGGCCUUCGACCUGGAGACAAGGAGCUGGACGCGCUACCCCAGCAUGCCCAGCCGCCGCGCCUUUGCUGCCUGCGCCAUGGCCGACGGCGUUGUCUUCAGCCUGGGGGGGCUGCAGCAGCCGGGACCCCACAACUUCUACUCCCGUCCCCACUUUGUCAACACCGUGGAGAUGUUCGACCCUGCACAAGGUGCAUGGAGCAAGUCAAGCCGUGCCAUCCGCAUGAGGGAGAAGAGAGCUGACUUCGUGGCUGGCUGCCUGGGAGGAAGAGUGGUGGCUGUGGGUGGCCUCGGUAAUGCCAGGGGGAACCAGUCCUGCCCGCUGGACUCGGUGGAAGGGUUCAGCCUCUCACGGAAGAAGUGGGAGCCACUGCCCCCCAUGCCCACCGGCCGCUGCUCCUGCUCCAGCUGCCCGGCACCCAGCCUGCUCUUCGUCAUCGGUGGGGUAGCCCAGGGCCCCAGUGGUGCCGUCGAGGCUCUGUGCCUGCGCGAGGUGCCAUGAAUGGGGCCCCGGGGACCAGCCCCGGCCAAGCACCAAGUGCCUGAAGACGGGGACAGGGUGUACACGUGCCUGCGCGUGCGGGUGACCCGGCUCUGGGGUGAUGCCAGGUGCCAGAGCAGCCGUGGUUUCUCGUCAUGCUUUGGAAACCCCUCUCGGGUCCUGCACCGCUGUAACGGCGGAGCCUGGGGCAAAAUCCUGCCUGACAGGAGAGCUGUGGCUGGCGGCGUGGAGAGAGCGGCGGUGGCAGGACUGUUGCUGGCCACGCUGCCCCAUCCAGCCCCGUCCGUGCCGCGGCGUGUCCGUGCCAUGUGUGUAGCAGUGAGUGCUGUGUCGUCGUAGACCCAGUCGAUGUCUCAUGUAGCACAGAGGUGCCCUGUAGCUCAGUGCCUAGGAGGUGACAUAGCACCUCAAAUAAAUGAAACACAU